UCUUCUUCUUCUUCAAGAAUGUCAAGAAAGAGAGCCCUAAGCUACCGCACAUUACCAUCACCUUCUUCUUCUGCUUCAUCAUUAUCUUCUUCUUGGACUCAACUAGACUGGCAAUACCCAGGAAAAGACGUGAUUGAAAAUAUUACCAGGCGUCUAGAAACUCCCAUGGAGAUUCGCCAUCUACGUGCUGUCUGCCGAGGAUGGCGUGACUUAAUCCCUCUUCCACCCAAAUACCACCUCAACCCUGAUGGGUCUCCUCUGAAACUUCCAUAUCCAAUCGUUUCGAACGGUAAGCAGUCCUCUAUUAGGGGUUACUACUUGCUCAAAGAUAGAACCAUCUAUUGUUUGGAACCCUUGAAAGAGAAUUCUACCGAUAACUGGUUCGUGAAUAUUGAAGAGAAAGAUUCUGGGAAAGUUUGUCUCAAAGACCCUUUCGACAGAUUCAGGAAUCUUGGUCAGAUUGAUAGCCUACACGAGAAGGUAAUCGAGUUAUGGGAUUAUAAGGUGAGAGAAGUAGGUAAAACAUAUUAUCUUGAAUUUGUUGAAGUAGAAGACAACCAAUGUUUUUGGAUUAGAAAAGUUGUUGUGGGUCGGAACAAUAAGGGUGAAUUUUGGGUCAUGGCUAACAUUCGAGGUAGAAAGUUGGGAUUUUGGAAAAUCGGUUUUGAGAAUUGGGCAGAAAUUGGACAGGACUGACUGUAGCAAUUGAUCCUUCAUCCUUGAGAGUUACUCAAGUUGCUUCUGAUUUUCACCCAUAUAGGCCUUUCUGUAGGUAUUUGGUGAGUUCACUUGGGGAUUUAUUUCUGGUUGAUAUUCCCUGUCAAACCCUUUAUUUAAAAGUUCACAAGUUGAACGAAGAGAUAGGUAAAUGGAUUCGUGUGAAGAGGUUGGGGUAUCGGGCAAUAUUGGUGGGAGAUGAUUGCUGCUACGUUCUUUCGACCAAAGAUUUUGCUGGAUUGAAAAGGAAUUGCGUUUAUUUCUGUGAUGCUAUUUUCGAUCAUGGUCAGUAUCGUUUCCCAGGCUGCUGUGUUGGCUUCAUGAGAUUGGACAAAAAAGAUUUUGGGUACCUGAAAUCUAAAAUUUUCUGGCCUCCACCGACCUGGCUCGGGCAAACACCAAGUCGCAAGUGAACAACGGAAAGAUCUACGAAUAUUCAUAGAUGAAUUAUAUAACGAUCUCAACAACUUUUUGUCCAAAAGUUUGGUUCGAAUUAGCAAUCUGAAUUAGCACAGCUUCUUGUAUGUGGUUCUGGAUUCAGUUGGUAUGUUCCUAUACGUUUAUGUCAAACCGAUGGUGACGCUGUUAUGUGGACUUUGUAGUUUUUUGUCUAUGUUUUACUGAAUCAAAGAGAUGUGCAAGCUUGCUAGUUUUAUUGUCUUGAUAAUUUCUAUUAGCUUGAGAGGGAUAAGCAAAUUUUCCCAAUCCAGUUCUAUUCUCUGUUUUUCUCUGUUCUUAGAACCAAAUACAUUGAAAUUGAUCUUCAAGAAAGGUUUAGAGGUCGAAGAUAUAUACAACACCGUUUAGUUCCGAGGAAUGCAAGAUUAUUGUGGCUAUGUAGUUUACGUUUGUAAUAUUACUGUUCAGCAUUCAGUUUUAAAAAUUGUAAAAAUGAAGG